GAGAGAAAAGAAGGAAAAAAAAAAAAAAAAAACAGAGGAGCCUCUGAGACAGAGAGAGAGAGAGAGAGAGAAACAUUGUUUGUUUUCUAUUUCGAACAUUUUGAGGGACAAUAAUAGUGGGUACGGGGUAGUAGUAUUAGGACGGGUAUAUGGUUUAAGGGAUCGGCAAGUCCAACUCUCUCUUUUCUUUUCAUAUAUUUCUUUUGUUCUGUUUGGCGACCAUUUUGGGUUGGGUGUUUUUUUUGGUACUUGUAAUAUUUUUGAUAUGGUAAAAGAGUCAGAGAUAAGGAGUGUAGAUGAUGAUGAUGAUGGGUUGUUGGAGAGGUAAGAGAUGCGAAUAGGUGACGAAAUAUAUGAUUCUUUGCGUCUUUUCUUGAGAGAAAAUACCAGGAAAAAUUCGAUUUUUAGGUGAUAUUCCUCCUACUUGAAGCCUACUUGAAGCCUCUCUCUCAUGGGUUUUCUCUGCACUUUUAAGCACUGGUGGACUGGGUUGCAUUUUCUGCGUCUCCAAUCUCCACGGAGGUUAAAGCCUUGAAAAAACAAAGGCUCAAAGAUUUCAGCUUUUUGAGACUAAAGUUGAGAGCUUUAGUGGUGGUCUUGUUCAUUUUCAUCUGGGUUUUAUUUGUUUAGCUUCAAGCUCUCUUGGGUUUGUGGUGGUGGUACUAUAACAUGUGGGUUUCAGUUUAACUUUUUGUGAAACUUGCUUCCUUUGCUUUCACUGUCUUGCAACUUUUGAGAGAUUUGUGGCUUUGUUGUUUCACUCCAAUGGGUAGAGCAAGAAGUACUUCAAGUUUCAAGUGUAGAAUCACUAGGCUGCUUCUGCUUCUGCUUUUGCUAUUCCUGUUCUGCUCAACUAUUCAGUGCCAAGAAACUGAGCCUCCAUCGCCGUCAAAGCACCCUCACUCCAAGAACAACGAGCUUGAAAGAAUCAUUCUUAGUCUUGUGUUGGGAGUGUUGACCGGACUCAUACUUGCUCUUAUCUCUGCUUUCAUUGUCCACUGCUUUGUUCGCUACAUUAGCAGAACCCCAAUUCUCAAGGGCCCUGUAAUUUUCUCCCCGAAAAUCGCUCCGAAAACGCUCCAAUUAGCACUGGCGAGUGAGAAUCAGUUGCUUGGUUCGAGCCCAAAUGGCAAGUACUACAGGACUGUGCUUGACAAUGGGCUCAUUAUUGCAGUGAAGCAGCUGGAGCCCUUUUCCGAGUGUGGCUCACCCGAGGCUCAGAGCAAGUCUGCCAAGAGAAGGAUACAGCAGGAGCUGGAAGUGCUUGCUGGCCUGAGACAUAGGCAUUUGAUGAGUUUGAGGGCUUAUGUUCGCGAGCACGAUAGGUUCUCUUUGGUUUAUGAUUUUGUCCCCAAUGGGAGCCUGGAGGAUGCUAUGAAUAGAGUUAGGGAGAAUCAGUUGCAGCUCAGUUGGGAGGUUCGGCUUCGUAUUGCAGUUGGGGUGAUUAAGGGGCUUCAGUAUCUUCAUGCAUAUGUGCCUCAGAUUAUGCAUAACAACUUGAAGCCGAGAAAUGUUAUGUUGGAUGCUGAGUUUGAACCGAGGUUGGGAGAUUAUGGGUUGGCUAAGCUCACUCCCCAUUUGGAUGGGGCAUUAUCUGGUUACACUGCUCCAGAGUGUUUCCAGAAUGACAGGUACACUGAUAAGAGCGACAUUUUCAGCUUUGGGAUGAUAUUGGGAGUUUUACUAACUGGUAGAGACCCAACUGAUCCCUUCUUUGGGGAAACAUCUAGCGGAGGAAGUUUAGGACGGUGGCUGCGGCACUUGCAGCAUGCAGGGGAGGCACGGGAAGCGUUAGAUAAGAGCCUUAUUGGGGAAGAAGGAGAGGAAGAUGAAAUGUUAAUGGCGGUGAGAAUUGCUGUCGUAUGCUUAUCAGAUGUGCCAGCAGAAAGACCCUCAAGUGAUGAACUUGUUCACAUGCUAACCCAACUGCACAGUUUUUAAAGCAAAUGUAAGUAUUUUGAUUGAAGCUCCUGUUUCUGUAGAUUUAGGGGAACUAGACUCCAGAAAUAUUUGCUUCAGGUUUUGGUCCGAAAUCUGCACAUUUCUUUUAAGAAUUGUAUGCUAUCUGGUGUAUUAUGUGUAUAUUGGCUGCGAGUGAAGAAGCUGCAAGUCAGUCGGGGACACUUUCAACUUUAGAGCAACAAUGACCAGAUCAACCCAUGUGGGACACUUUCUCCAUUAUUGUGUUUUCACCUCCUAAUGAUGGUAGGGUUUUUCCGGACAAAACUUUUUGAAUCGGGCCCUUUUAACCCGAGAUUAGACAAUUCACCAGACUUAUGCCGCAGUCACCAUUACUCUGUAAAUGCACAACUUCUAAAGCAUAGAAUCAAGCUUCUUAUUUUUCCAACUGCUUAAUUUUUCUUCACUAGCCAUGACUUUAACAUGAGCAUCUCAGUCAUUUGAUAACCCUACUUCUGUUAUUCAUCUUUGCAAGUUUCUUUUUCACUUUCUUGCUGUGAUCCUCAUGAUUCUGUUCUGGAAGCCGGUAUUAAUUUAGUUUGUCUUUGCCUAAAGUAUUGUCAAAACAUGAAUCCACCACAUGUGAGUGUACCAGGAAAUGUGAGUGUACCAGGAAAAAGUCUGGAGGGAAAAGUAUGUGGUGGCCCUGGUUAUUGAGAAACUAGGCAGCUCAUGCAUCUGGGGCCAAAACUAGCAUAUGCCUGGGAAAAAAAGCAUGAGGGGAGUAAAAAAAGAUGAGGUAACCACUUCCAGCUGUGAAUGCAGCAAUGCUUUUGACCCCAUUGCCACAAUGCCAAGUAUUGGUGGUGUGACUGGUGCUCGUGGCUUCUUAUUAGUCUUGUAUUACAAUUUCAUAGACACGUGAAAUGGAAUUAUGGAACUGAAAGUUAUAGUAAUUAAAUAUUUUGAGGCCAGUUCAUGUCCCUGUAUGGGGAAAUGACCUGGGGUUAUUUUCCCACAUUUGUUUAAAAACACUCCCCAUUCAAUCUUAUAGUAACGGACAGUAAUAUUGUACUUGAUUUCUGGAUAUAAUAUG